AUUAAACCUAACCGAUCUAUUCUAUUCAUUUGUCUCUGUAUAUCAAUAGCUGUUUUUAUCUUUAUAGAGAUAUAUAUUGUAAAUACUGUUAAAGAUACGAGACGUAAGAUGAUAUUAUUUCAAAAAGUUCAACAGGACGCAAACUAUGAAGAGGAGCGUUUGGUUGAUUCAUCAGGUCCCCACCAGUUUCACUCUGGUAAAGACGUAGCUAUUAAGAAUAGCACAAAUGGCUUGAAUAUUGAAUCCACAACGUCAAAUCAGAUUUCAGCUCACAGUGUAACAAAAACACAUAUAAAGAACUUUACAGAGACGUCUACAUCUUAUCCAUCUAACGUCUCGGACAAAAAUGUAAAAGAAAUUUUAAAACAACACAACGAAAGUAAUCUAAAGCAUCGAAUAAUUCCAAAAACUCCCGUUUUAGUUUUAUGGCGUCCGAAAGGACGUUUGGGUAAUGCCAUGUUCGAGUACGCUUCUGGUUUCGGCAUAGCCAAAGCGAAUAAUAUGACUUUUGCAGUUGAUGGCAAAUUUGAUCUGAGUAAAAAUUGUAAAGUUACAGGAUAUAGUGUAGGUGAUCUUGAUUUCCCCCUCAAGGUUGCAUUAAAAAACAAAAAGAGCGACGACAAGGAUAAACAAUUCAAAGCAUCACUAAUGGCUUUACCACAUAAGCACACGGUAUUGAGAGGGUACUUGCAAUCAUUCAAAUACUUUAUAAACGUUGAAAAGGAAAUAAGGAAUGAAUUCAAGCUUCGUGCUCACAUUCAAGCUAAGGUUGAUGCCUAUAUGAGGAAUGCUUUAAAUAAUGAAACCGGGUUGACACUCGUCAGUGUCCUAGUCCGCAGAGGUGAAAUACUCAAUGAAUAUUAUAAAAAGAUAGGCUAUGAAUCGCCUUCAGUUCACUUCUUUGAGAAAGCCAUGGACUAUUUUCGAAAACGGUAUAAAAAGGUCAAGUUUUUUGUAUGCAGCGAUGAUCUGAUGUGGGCACGAAUGAAUGUCCUUCCGCAAGAUGGAGUAAUGUGCCCUAACCGUAACAACGCUUGGGUCGACAUGGGUAUCCUUUCCUCUUGCCAUCACUCCAUAUUUGGUUCGACUACCUUUGGAUGGUGGGGGGCAUACUUAACUGGAGGGGAAGUGAUCUAUUAUGGCAACCAUCCUAGACCAAAAAGUCAGAUUUGGUAUACAUAUAAAAAAGAAGACCAUUACCCACCUCAGUGGAUCUCGAUGACCUAGCACAAUUACACUGUACGCAUAUAUUGCUUAUGCAAUAGUCGCCAUUUGUACCUUUAGAAGUAGAUGGACAUCUU